AUGAGUAGUAUUCCGCGGCCGGAGGAAGGAGAUGUUAAUAUUGGAACGGGCACGUUUGCUGCGUGUUGGGUCCUCACGGGCAUCGUGGGCCUCGCCCUACUAUUCCGCUAUGCUAUCAAGGCCUGGGUACGCUUUGCGCUGCCCCAAGUCACGGCCCCCGAGCGGGUGUGGGGGCUCGAGGAUGGGUUUUUCCUGAUCGCAUACGGCUUUGAUCUCGCUCAUAUGAGCGUCAUCCAGGUUAGCGCGAACUGGGGCCUGGGCCGACAUUUCUACUACUUAAGCAACGAGGAGCGCAUGUAUUCCAUGAAGUUCGACUUUAUCUCGCAGCCGCUCGCCGUGGCAGCCGCCAUGAUCUCGCGGACGGGAAUGAUGUGGUUCCUGCUCACCUGUUUCUCGGCGAGUGACAAGAAGCUGCGCCUUUCGAUUCUGGGGUGUGCCGUGGUGCAGAUUCUCGUCAAUAUGGUGACCAUUGUGCAAAUUAUUGUGCAGUGCGGGCCGAAUCCUUACCAUGCGUCGAACCGAGUGCAAUAUUUCAAGUAUAUGUGGACUCCGGCUCCCGCUGAUGGGUCGGUCGUAUGCCAGUCGCCCAGUGUACAGACGAUGAUCGGCUUCGUGCAAGGCGGCUUCAACACGGUCAUCGACUUCUCGCUGGCCGUGAUCGCCGGCGUGCAACUGUGGCAAUUCUUCCUCCGCACGCUCCGUCGCGAAAACCUCUCCUUCUGGGCGCAGUUUCAGAGAAUCAGCAGCACCGUCCGAUCCCGUCGCCUUUGGCAGACGGUCACUCUCUGCGGGCCCCUGGUCCUCUCGGGUGCGGCCUCGAUUGUCAAAACAUACAAACUCAAUGCCCUUGGCGAGCGACUGGAUUUCACCUACAACAUCGUAUCUUUCGUCCUCUGGGUCAAGUACGUUCAAGCCCCCCAAAUGCGAGGGCAAACCCUGAACCCACCCGCUAACCAACCCCCCCCCAGAAUUGAAAACUACAGUAUCCUCCUUGCCUCUUGCGCCCCCGUCGCCCGCCUCUUCCUUCGCACGGUCGUCGAUGCGCGCCGCAACGGCCAAUUCGGCUACUGGUCCAAGUCGCACUCGAACACCAACUACGGCCGCCAAGACACAGAGCUGAAGAACCAGAGCCAGAGCCAGAGCCAAAGCCAGAGCCAGAGCCAGAGCCAGAGCCGCAGCCGGCCGGAGUGGCCGGACGCGGCUACGGCGACGGGAACCCAAUGGCAAGACGAAGAGGGCCAGCAGACGAACUGGCAUAUUCAGCCGGAGCGCUCGCUUGGCCGUCUGUCCAAGGGGUAUGGGCUGGGGCACGACGGCGACAAUAUGGAAGGGAUGGAUGAGGGAGGUGUCACGGUGAAGACGGAUAUUGUCGUCCAGGUGGAUGAUGGGCAGUCGACAUCGAGUGGGGAUGCGAGACUUUUGCCGGGAGGUGGGGAAGUGCCCAUUAAGAGGGACGAGUAUGCGUAUCACGCAAGGUGA